AUGGACGACAACUCCUUGCGAUCAAGAACAUCUUCGAUGGGUGACGCAGGGGAUGAUGAGCAGCCCCGGAGCAUCGCCUCGCUCAGAUCAAGGUUUGAGAACCUAGCUGCCGCGAAUAGUCCGGCGGUGGUCAAUGGGAUGCAGAAGUCUUCUUCUGGUGGGAGAAAUGGCUUCACACCGAAGAACAGCGUGGAUUUUGGGAAGUCGGCGAGCUUGGACGUAAAUGGACAGAGCAGCGGUCUGAAGCCCGUCUCUAUUUCUCGUCCCACUUCCCCUCUCAGCUCGUCGCCUCCUCAGCCUCCCUCUGCUAAGUUACCUCCCGCUGCACCACCUCCUAGACCGACCACUCCAAAACCGGCUUUGCCAUCAAGCACCGUUAACGGAUCUAAUGAAUCCACUCUCGCUCCUUCACAGACACUUGCCCCUUCGACCAUUCAGCUUCCCUCAUCUCAACCCGCCACUCCUCUUGCCUCGCCUUCUCUUUCUGCUGGACCGAUACCCACGUCCCCAAAUCCCGCUCGCCGACCUGCACCAGUCGUACCCAGCAAACCUUCAUCGGUUGUAGCGACGCCUACAGGAUCCUCUGAAGGCUCGCAGGAAGAAGAACAUAUAGCUUCGGUCAAAACCCUUCGAGAGCGCUUCAACUUUGGCGCUAACGCAGCAGCCUCUUCGUCUACCGCUUCGCUUCCUAGAUCAGUAUCUGCGGAUGCUCCCAGGCCGGCUGGUCCAGCUAUGUCUGCCAAGCAGAUAUCCGCUCCUACCAUCAAGCGUACUUCGACUGACGGGAAGACUGAGAGACCGAUCGCUCUUUCACCAGCUAAAGAAAGUACGAUAGAGCUUGCUUCAUCUCCAGUCUCCAAUGGAGAUACACCAAAUCACAGGCCCGCCCCACCUCCACCAAUCUCACGGACUUCCUCACCUGCCCCUCCAGCACCUAAUAGAGCUCAUAAACCUCCGCCUCGCAAUACGUCAAGUCCGACACCUCCUCCUUCACGUGACAUCUCCAGUCCUACCAUACCUCAAGAGGCAACACCUGUUGCCGAUAAGCCUACUCCGCCUCAGCUCCCUCUACGUAGACCCACCAUAGCUUCGCCAGAUUCCCUUGAACCCCUUCCAAUCCCACCUCCAAUCCCGGCCAACAAACCCGCUCUUUCUCCUGCUCUGAUGGCAACGAUGUCAUCAACCAGUGAUUCUGGUUCUGGACCUCCGCCACCUCGACUACCGCAACGCUCACGUGCAAGUACUCUGACCAAAUCGGAGAAUGAAACCCAGCCGCCACCACCUCGACUACCCAGUAGGACUGCUACCCUUCCAGUGAACGGUAUAGCACCCCCACCUUCGCACCCUGCAUCCCCUUCCAGAAGUAGGGAAAAUACCAACGACCUGCCUCCGCCACCUCUGCGAAGUGCGCUCAUGAACAGCGCCUCGAUAUCUUCGUCCCCUCCGCGCCGGCGAACCAACUCUGGGGAUAAAGAGAAAGAGGAGAAUUAUUCCGAAGAUGAAGAUGACGAACCUGACGAAUCGACUCCCAUAGCUGGACUCUCAGCAGCAGCCAAGCGAAUGUUAGAAGAUUUCCCAGACUCUACAGAAGCCAAUCGACGUACACCUAACUUCCGACCUGAUCUGAAAAUACGAGAUUGUCAUCAUGUAUCCGCUUUUGCGACAUUUGGACGAUACGUCUGUACAGGUGCUCAUCAUGUUAGAGUAUACGAUACUCAUCUUAGUGAUCAGCCUAUAUCCAUCGUAGACCUCAAAGAGACAGGUUUAGAACAUAAGAGUAAAGAACCUAGAGUUACUGCGAUGUGUUUUCGUCCUGGAGCUACUUUAGCUGAAGAAGGUAGAUAUCUAUGGUGUGGGACUAAAGAUGGUCAUCUGUGGGAAUUGGAUAUAUCGACGGGUAAUGUUAGUUCGACCAAGGCUUUUGCCCAUACCUCUUCGAUCUCGCAUAUCUUCAGACAUCGCAAGAACCUCAUUACGUUGGAUGAAUCAGGUAAAAUGCUUGUGUAUGAUGUGGGUGAUAUAGAAGGUAAAUCACCAUUGUUAAUUAGGACAUUGAGGAUAGGUGAGAAAUUCACUUUUGCGAAAAUGAUUUGUGGCAAAAUGUGGACUUCUUCCGGACCCGCUGCCCGAUCGACCACUUCCGCAAGUACGUCAAAGGGACCAACCAUAAGGAUAUAUGAUCCGUGCUCGGAAGGAAAUAUGCCUCCUGCAAAAGUAGCUUUCACAACUGAAUGGACAGGAGCAGUCACCUCUGCCUCGUACAUACCGCUAGAAGGGAAUGUGAUUUACCUAGGACAUGAAGGUGGUUUCGUAUCCUUAUGGGAUAUGCAAGAAUUCAAUUGUAUUCAAGUAUUGAAGAUCUCCACUACGGAUAUACUGGCCCUGGAAGGUGUAGGUGAUAGGUUGUGGGCGGGCAAUAGGAAAGGUCAAAUCAGCGUAUAUGAUGUGGGUCAAAGACCUUGGUUGACUAUCAAUCAGUGGACAGGACAUUCGGAUAAUCCUGUCCAAGCGCUGGUGGUCGAUCCGUGGUCUAUUGAGUACGCUGGUAGAUACACUUGUUGGUCUUUCGCCAGGGACUGUAUGAGAGCGUGGGAUGGACUGUUAUCUGUAGAUUGGAUUGAUAAACAACUGUUGAUACGACAAGCCGAUUAUUGCACUUAUCGAGAUAUCAAGCUUUUGGUUUGUUCGUGGAAUAUCGACAGUGCCAAGCCGACCGAUUUGUCUGGGUCGGAAGCAAAUUCUAAAUGGUUGGAAGAAUGUCUGAACAGUGUGGACUCGCCUGAGAUCAUCGUUUUUGGUUUUCAAGAGGUCAUCCCUCUGACUGAUAAGAAGAUUACUGCGAAAACCCUUCUAUUUGGCGGAAAGAACAAGGAUUCUUCGUCGGGGUCGGAUAAAGUUUCCCACGCUUAUCGACAAUGGCUGGAGAAGCUUACUCAAGCUGUACGAAUGAGUAUGCCAUCCGAUACGCCCUACGUCAAAAUCCAUUCGGAGAAUCUGGUAGGAUUGUUUACCUGUAUUUUCGUCAAGAGUAGUGAGAAAGAUAGACUGAGAAAUCUGGAUAUAACCACUGUCAAACGAGGUAUCGGAGGAAUAUACGGAAACAAGGGAGCGAUCGUUUCUCGAAUUGUCAUGGAUGAUACUUCCCUGUGUUUCAUCAAUGUUCAUCUUGCUGCUGGACAAUCCCAGAAAUCAGCUAGGAAUGCGGAUUUGGCAGCGAUCAUGGAAGAUAAGGCGAUUUUCCCUGCUUCAAAUGAGGAGAUACCGUUUGUUCAUGGUGGGAAUGGAACGGGUAUAUUGGAUCAUGAGUUGGUGGUGCUCAAUGGUGAUUUGAAUUACCGUAUCGACCAACGUCGUGAGAAUGUCAUAUCAUCCAUUGCAGCUGGUGAAUUACCGUACCUACUAGAACACGAUCAACUACGUAAAGAGAUGAGAAGUAAUCAUGCGUUCAGAUUAAGAAGUUUCGAAGAAGCUCCUAUCACUUUCCCACCUACUUAUAAGUAUAAUCCGGGCACUCAUGAUUAUGAUUCGAGUGAGAAGAGACGUAUACCUGCUUGGUGCGAUCGAAUAUUGUAUCGGAAAUCCCCACAUAUCAAGAGCAUCAAUUAUAGACGAUACGAACCUACCGUAUCUGAUCAUCGACCGAUCUCAGGAGGGUAUCAGAUAACGCUCAAAGCGGUGGAUACGCUGAAAGAGAUGGAUGUGAGGAGGGAAUUGGCUGGGGAAUGGGCAAAGAAGGAAAAGGACAUGUUGAUUAUGAUGGCGGAUAAAUUUGAUUCUUACACCUAG